AUGGCAACUGGUAAAGUGCAGACAUAUUUGGAUAGUUAUAUAGAAGUUGGAUUUACGUCAAUCAACGACCAUGGUGUAGAGAAGCCACAAUGUGUUAUCUGUGGUGAAGUAUUCGCUGCCUCAUCGAUGAAGCGUAAUAUUUUGCAGCGACAUCUGAACCUUAAACAUCCUGCCUUCUCAAAUAGAAGUAAAGACUAUUUCGAGCGUAAGGCUGUGGCAAUGAAAGCAAGUCAUCUUGAUCAGACAGGACAUGUACAACAAAUCCAAGAAAAGCUUCUAGAAGCGUCGUUCCAUGUGGCUUACAGAAUUGCUAAGGCCAAGAAGCCUCAUACAAUCGCCAAAAAUUUGAUCAUGCCAUGUACCAAGGACAUUGUCAGAUUACUCAUUGGCGAGGACGCCGUUAAGAAAAUCAGCGGCUUGCCUGUUUCAGACAAUACUAUUCAGCGACGAAUCCAGGCAAUGUCCGAGAAUAUCGAAACUCAGCUUGUUACUCAGAUGACGCAAUCGCCCAUGCUUGCCAUAGCACUGGAUGAAUCUACAGAUGUUGCCUCACUCAGUCAGUUGGUGGUGUGGGUACGGUACAUACACGAUGAUGACUUCAAAGAUGAUCUCAUGCUUUGUAAACCACUCGAGUUGACAACUAAAGGUGGCAGAUGUGUUCAAAAUGGUUGA